AUGGUUUGUGCUAUUCUAUUUCUCAACAAGCUGAUUCCUAUACAGGCUGUUGCUGAGGGAAGGGCUAUAUACAAUAACACAAAGCAAUUCAUCAGAUACAUGAUCUCCUCAAAUAUUGGCGAAGUAGUUUGUAUCUUUGUGGCAGCUGUACUUGGAAUACCUGAUACCCUGGCUCCUGUCCAACUGCUCUGGGUCAAUUUGGUUACUGAUGGAUUGCCUGCCAUUGCUAUUGGCUUCAACAGGCAAGAUUCUGAUGUGAUGAAGUCUAGACCUCGCAAGGUCUGGCCUGAUGCCUGGGGAGAUUGUCUUAAUGGAUCUUUGAAGGAGAGCUGGAGAGGAACAUGCAUUGAUAUGAUGAAUUUUGACAGUUGCUCAACAAGGGAGACAACUUACCCAUGCAGUAUAUUUGAUGAUAGGCAUCCAUCGACUGUAUCUAUGACAGUCCUUGUUGUUGUUGAGAUGUUUAAUGCUUUGAAUAAUCUCAGUGAGAAUCAAUCUCUUCUUGUUAUCCCUCCCUGGAGUAAUUUAUGGCUUGUUGCUUCAAUUGUCCUGACCAUGCUCCUUCACAUACUGAUCUUAUAUGUGCCCCCUCUAUCUAUUCUUUUCUCCGUAACACCAUUAUCUUGGGCUGAGUGGGAAGUUGUCUUAUAUCUUUCCUUCCCUGUCAUAAUUAUUGACGAAGUCCUAAAGUUCUUCUCAAGAAAUUCCAAUGCCUUGAAGUUUUUUAUUCUUAAGAAGCUGGAGCAUCUACCUGUUUCACUUAAGUCAUCCCGUAAACACAAAUGCCACCAACCACAUGCUUCAGGGAGGUCUCUUACUGGCGGGAAUAUCCUACUGGAGUACUGGGGUGGGGGGCGUUAA